GUAUAGAACAUGUAUGAAAUGAAUUUUGUAUUGCAAUUAAAUUUGGACAUACUUACAAAGCAGUUUGGUACCCAUUAUAAUAUUUGAUGAAAAUAUUACAGCAGUAGUAUUAAAUAAAUUCAGGAAAAAAUAUAUAUUAUUGUUGUGAGAUAAGAAAUUUCAUUGAAGAAUGGAUUCUCCUGAAGACUUGCCAAAGGAGGUGAGAAAAUCACAUCCCUGUGAUAUCUGUCAAAAGACAUUUUCUCUAAAAAGUAGUCUUACUAAUCAUAAAAUAAUUCACUCAGGAGAGAAACCACAUAACUGUGAUAUCUGUGGUAAAUCUUUCCCACGGUUACAAACCUUAAUGACUCAUAAACGCAUCCACUCUGGUGAAAAGCCUUAUGAAUGUGAUAUCUGUGGUAAAUCAUUCACUGUAAAAGGCACCUUAACUGAACAUAGGCAUAUACAUAUGGGAAAGAAACCGCAUAACUGUGAUAUCUGCAGUAAAUCAUUCUCUCGAAUGCAUAACUUGAAUAUUCACAAACGCAUCCAUACAGGGGAACGACCGCAUAGAUGUACUAUCUGUGGUAACUCAUUCUCUCUAAGAAGUCACUUAGCUCUUCAUGUACGCACUCAUACAGGAGAGAAGCCAUAUCACUGUGAUGUUUGCGGUAAAUCAUUCUCUCAUGGGAAUGCCUUAAAUACUCACAAACGUAUUCACACAGGAGAGAAACCAUAUCAGUGUGACAUCUGUGGUAAAUCAUUCAGUGGUGGUGGUCCAUUAACUGUUCACAAACGAAUUCAUACAGGGGAAAAACCAUAUCAGUGUGAUAUUUGCAGUAAGCCAUUCUCUAAAACAAGUCUUUUGAUGGGACACAGAAGACGCAUUCAUACAAAGGAGAAACCAUAUCAGUGUGAUAUCUGUGGUAAAUCAUUCUCUGACAGAAGAGGUUUAACUGUUCACAAACGUAUUCACACAGGAGAGGAGCCGUACCAUUGCGGUACCUGUGGUAAAUCGUUUUCUCAAAGUUCCGGCCUAAUUAAGCAUGUACGUAUUCAUACAGGUGAGAAGCCAUAUCACUGUAAUAUCUGUGGUAGGUCAUUCUCUGGAAGUAGUUCCUUAACUACUCACAAAUAUAGUCACAUGAGAAAGAAACCAAAUCACUGCAACAUCAGUAACAGAUCAGUUAAAUAAACACAAAUACAUUCAUACAGGACAAUAGCCGUGCCACCAUGAUGCCUGUUAUAAAUCCUUCUAUCAAAUCAGUCAUUUGACUAUUUUCUGAUGUUUACGUACAGAAGAGAAAACCCUGUCAGAAUGAUAUUUGUUGUAAAUCUUACAAAAUAGUGAUAU